CCAGCCGGGACGGAUCCGGCGGCUGCAGCGGCGGCGCUUCUGGGUUCCCGCCGGCCCAUCCUGAGGGAGGGGGCGGCGGCCGGUUGGCCCCGGGGCGGCAUGGCCAGGGUGGUGAAGGUCCUGACGACCCUGAGGAAUCACUGGAAGAAAACGACGUUCGGGGUCUGCCUGCUGAGCUGGGGCGGGCACUGGCUCUAUGGGAAGCACUGUGAUAACCUGCUACGAAGAGCUGCGUGCCAAGAAGCCCAGGCUUUUGGUAACGAGCUGAUCCCUUCCAGUAUGCCGUUGAAGAAAGCAACAGUGUUCCUCAACCCAGCAGCUUGCAAAGGCAAAGCCAGGAACCUUUUUGAAAAGAAUGCUGCUCCAAUUUUGCACUUAUCUGGCUUGGAUGUAACGGUGGUUAAGACUGAUUAUGAGGGACAAGCGAAAAAGCUGCUGGAAUUGAUGGAAAACACUGAUCUGAUCAUUAUUGCAGGAGGAGAUGGCACAGUACAGGAGGUCGUAACUGGACUUCUCCGCAGAGCAGAUGAGGCUGUCUUCAGUAAGAUUCCUAUAGGAUUCAUACCUCUUGGGAAGACCUGCACUCUGAGCAACACGCUCUACCCUGAGAGCACGAACCAAGUCCAACAUAUUACUAAUGCUACGUUGGCCAUUUUGAAGGGAGAGACAGUUCCACUUGAUGUCUUGCAGAUCAAGGGAGAAAAGGAACAGCCUGUAUUUGCAGUGACUGGUUUAAGAUGGGGAUCUUACAGAGAUGCAGGAGUUAAAGUUAGCAAGUACUGGUACCUUGGGCCUCUGAAAACCAAAGCAGCUCACUUUUUCAGUACAUUUAAGGAAUGGCCUCAGAAACAUCAAGCUGCUCUCAUGUAUCUGGGUCCAACUGAGAGACCUCCAGAAGAGCCAGAGGAGAAACCGUCCAGACCUCCUUUGUAUGUGAGGCUUUACAGACGACUUCGGUUAUACUGGGCAUCUCCUCCAAAAGAAAUCCCCCAGGAGGUAACCCCGGAGGACUGGGAAGAACUGAAUCUAUCCACCAUUGAGCUUUCCAUUGCAACUCAGAACAGGCAGCUUGAUCUGACACGCACUGAAGACUUCAUGGAUAUUUGCAUCGAAGCAGAUACUGUCAGCAAAGGACAGUUCGUGAACAGAGGAAGUCAAAAGAUGCGUGAUCCACAUGCGUGCCCUGCAGGGAGUCAGUGCAUCCAAGCCAGCAGAUGCAUCUUGCAGCUUCCAGAGGGCACUGAGGGAUCCUUUGGCAUUGAUAAUGAAGAGUAUGAAGCUAUGCCUGUGGAGGUGAAGCUAUUACCCCGCAAACUCCGGUUCUUCUGUGAUCCCAGAAUGAGAGAGCAGAUGCUCCAUGCAGCAGUACAAUGAGAAUUUAUGUCAAAGGGACCAAGGUUUACCAGUCUUAUCAGGGUCUCUUCAAGGCACACGAGACCUCACUGACUUGAUAAGCCCCACCAGACUGAUAAGCCAUUUGGCUAUUUUUAAGCACAAGGUAUUUCCAGUGGAAGAAGCUAAUUUGGCUAGUCUCAAAGGGGUUAAAAAUGCAAAUGAAAAUGCUAAGAAAUGCAUGGUAAUUUGAUGGCAUCUCUUUUUCCCCCCAAAGAAGUCAUCAGUGUUCCAUUUACAGCACUGCAGGCUGAGUGCUGUGUGCCAGAUGCUACUGCUUUAAUGCAAUUGUAUAUUAAAGUAAAAUGAAAGCACACUUGUCAUUGUGUUUUAAGAGUUUAGGUCUACUUUACCUAUGUAUAAAUCUCGCAAAACCUGGGAUCUUUUGAAAAAUUUAUUUUGGGGGAGUAAUGUGAGGGAGGUCUAUGAAAUGUUGGAAUUGCCACAUUAAAACAGGUGGUUGGUUAUCUACUCUGUCACAAAAUAACUUUGAGAUCGGUGAUACAAAGCUUCAGAUGAAGUUUAAAAACUCCCCGUAUGUAUCUGGAUAAGAUAUUUGUGUUGUUUUCUUCAUCUUGCCAGAUUCAACAGCACAGAGUUCCAGUUAAUAAUAUAGUAGAAAUACAUUCCUUGAUUUUAGGUAUGUUAUAGAGAAGCAAACUGGAAAAUGUCAUAACUGACCCACAGCUGUAUGAAGUACAUGUGGAAAGACUCUUUAACAAGUCACAUGAGUCUUUUUUGUAAGUAUUCCUUUUAUUCCUGUAGUAGUAUAACACAAAUAAGGGCAUCCAAAUAACAUUUUUAUUCCUUGUACCUGGUUGCUCUUCUCUUUAAUGUAAACAGUGCUCAUCACUCCUUAUGCAACCUACAUUCCCUGGAGCUGGUGCUGUAAUUAGUUUUGUUGCUUUUCUGAGCUUUUGUUUAUAGCUUCACUUUAAUUGCUGAAAGGAAAUAUUAUUGACUUGGGCAAGGUUAUCUGUUGCCCUUCUUAUUAUAACUUAAAAGUUCACAUGAUUCUGCCUUGCUUACUGGAAGAAAAAAAAUUGAUCCUUAUUUU